AGCCGCGGCUAUGGAGGCGGGCCCGGUUCCGGAGAGAGUUGCUGAGAAGUGCCCCCUGGCGCCGGAAGACGUGGAGCCCAGCAGCGGGGUGUACUCCUGCUUCAUGAAGUCCCAUCGCUGCUAUGACCUGAUCCCCACCAGCUCCAAGCUGGUCGUCUUCGACACCUCCCUGCAGGUGAAGAAAGCCUUCUUCGCGCUGGUCACCAACGGCGUGCGGGCCGCCCCGCUCUGGGACAGCAAGAAGCAAAGCUUUGUGGGGAUGCUGACCAUCACUGACUUCAUCAACAUCCUCCAUCGCUACUACAAGUCGGCCAUGGUUCAAAUCUACGAGCUGGAGGAGCAUAAAAUCGAAACGUGGCGAGAGGUGUAUCUGCAAGACUCCUUCAAACCGCUGGUCUGCAUCUCCCCCAAUGCCAGCCUCUUCGACGCCGUCUCCUCGCUGAUCCAGAACAAGAUCCACCGGCUGCCCGUCAUCGACCCGGACUCGGGGAACACCCUCUACAUCCUCACGCACAAACGCAUCCUCAAGUUCCUCAAGCUGUUCAUAACGGAGGUCCCGAAGCCGGAAUUCAUGGCCAAAACCCUGGAGCAGCUGAAGAUCGGCACCUACGCCAACAUCGCCCUGGUGCGCCCCAACACGCCGCUCUACGUGGCGUUGGGCAUCUUCGUGCAGCACCGUGUCUCCGCCCUGCCCGUGGUGGACGAGUCAGGUCGGGUCGUGGACAUUUACUCCAAGUUUGACGUCAUUAACCUGGCAGCCGAGAAGACGUACAACAACCUGGACGUGACGGUGACGCAGGCGUUGCAGCAUCGCUCGCAGUACUUCGAGGGGGUGCUGAAGUGCUACAAACACGAGACCCUGAACACCAUCAUCAACCGCCUGGUGGAGGCCGAGGUCCACAGGCUGGUGGUGGUGGACGAGAAGGAAGUGGUGAAGGGCAUUGUCUCCCUCUCUGACAUCCUGCAGGCGCUGGUGCUCCCGGGCGGGCCCUGGCCCUGA